CUCAGAACCUGCGAAGUGGCAACACUCGAGGGUGCUUUUAAGCCGUCUUGAUCCUCGCCAUAUCCCCUACUGAAUCAAAGCUCACUCACCAAUUAUUCCAAUAAUCAUUUGAUCUCCAAAUAACCAUCAGAUCACCAACUUCCUAUUCCUAUCAUCAAUUAUCUCCCGCUACUUCUUGCAAAACUCGACGUGAAAUGGGAGGACCAUUGGGAACCUUGAUAGUCGUUGUCCUUAAAGCUCGUAAUCUACCUAACAAGCAACGAAUAGGCAAACAAGACCCCUUUGCAACUUGCGAAUACCUUUCUGAUACCAAACGGACUAAGGCCGAUAAAAGGGGAGGACAGCAUCCAUUAUGGGAUGACGAAUUACGUUUUGAAAUCUACGAAAACCUAAAAGAUGUGAAACCCUCAACAAAAGUCUCAUCACCUAUCAAAUCUUCACAUCCUUCAAGUUCCUUGGAACUCAACGUCAAGGAAUUGAGGAUUGCUGUAUAUGCUCACGAUUCACAUCAUCCUGAAUUGAUAGGUGAAGGUACAGUAGAUAUCACUGAUACCUUACGGAAAGGCGAAUUCGAUGAAUGGGUAACAAUCACCCACAAAGACAAAUAUCAAGGGGAGAUUUACCUCGAAAUGACAUUUUACUCAGCAAAACCUCCACCUGUAAAGCAACGAAACGUUGGUGGUCGUAGACCGAAGCAAAUCCCUCGGAAUGUAGUGGCAAAACCCAAGGUCCACAAAGCUCGAUCACAAGUCCGCGACAUCACUACAAAAGUUGAUAUUGGUAACCUUCCACCUUGCUUACGAGCUGGAAAGCUAGCUCAAAACACUGAAGUCUCAACUAUCCAUACUUUACCUCUUCCUGGAGAGCCAGCUGUCAAUACUUCACCUGUUCCUGGAGACCCAGAGUGUGAUACGGGUUCUGCGUGUACUAUAAUGUAAUACUCUUUCUCUCUGAUCUUAAUUUUUUAUGACCUGAUCUAUGAUUAUUGGUGAAACUGGUCUUGUGAGGGUUUUCUUUUUUGAAACAAGGAACAAACCUGUAUAUAAUUUUUUCUUGUAUGUCAAGAUGGAAAGGAGAAGCCUAGAAAUGACAAUUUGAGGAUGAGACUUAUAG